AUGGAGUCAUUUGGAGCCAUGGGAUGUGGGGAUUGGAGCUCCUUCAAUGCAAUCUACUCCAGUACUACUGAAGAGGCUGACUUCAUGGCACGGUUGCUUGGCAACAUUUCACUUCCAAAUGACGUGCCAAACAGUUCUAAUGUCAAAUUUUCCUCCACUUACUGGCCUGCAAGUGAAUCAGAUGUAAACAAGGCCGUGGUCCAGGAAGAUUCUUCAAUCAAUUCUUCAGAUGACACUAGUGUUGAUGCUGAUGUGUGCUAUUCUUUUUCACAAGGGAGCAGUUUCAGUGGCGAAGGCAGCAGCAUUCUUUGUCCCUUGUCACAAAUCUACUUUUGCAACAGCAACAGUAUUAUUUCACAACCGAUUGUGACGAGAAAUGAUAGCUCGGUCUGUGCAGAUUAUGCUAUGAUGGAGUGCAAGAACAAAAUGGACUCGUGUGAUCAUGAGAUCAUUCGUAUAAACAAUAUCUUAAUGGAGGAAGGGCGUGACUUCCUAAACCAAGAUGUGAGCAGUGACUGCAGCAUGGAGUCUGGCGAAAACGACAUGCCUGAGGCUUUUUCUCGAGGAAUGAUUUUGCAACAAGGAAAGGAUCAGCAUGAAAUAAAUUCUCUCGCUUCAGAAAAAUCACUAGAAGAUGAAUCAGACAACUUAUUGGAGAGUUCUAAGAAAAGACCGUCAACACCUCUAGAUGUCCACAAGAAUAAGAGAAUGAUAAAUGCGAAGACCAACCAUCAAAAGCUUCAUCCUUAUGACAGUAAGAUUGCUGAAGGUGGCCAUCCCGUGCUUUGCCGCCAAAGCUCGAGCAGCUACCUCUCAGAGGAUGACUCCAAUGUUUCAUUCAACUUACAUGGCAAAACAAGGGCCAGCAGGGGCUCAGCAACUGAUCACCACAGCUUAUAUGCCAGGAAAAGAAGAGAAAAAAUAAAUGAGAGAUUGAGAAUCUUGCAGAAACUUAUCCCUAAUGGAACAAAGGUUGACAUUAGCACCAUGCUUGAAGAGGCAGUCCAGUACGUGAAAUUUUUGCAACUCCAAAUCAAGCUCUUGAGCUCUGAUGAUCUAUGGAUGUAUGCUCCCAUUGCUUACAACGGAAAGAACUUGGGACUGGAUAUGGACGCUACUCUAAAAUCCUGA